AUGGCGGACACCAAGGUGAACGGACAUCACGAUAUUGGCCUGCCUGCACCACCUAUUGACCCUAUUGCAAGACCAGAGACUCCCCCUCCGCCGCCAAUCUUCGAGAGCGAAGCACCGCCUCCGCCGGUCGACGAUGCCGUCCCUCCGCCACCACCCGCCGCUGCUCCCAAGCGGGCAACAGCGCCAAAGCCCAAGGCAACGCCGCUUAGCGUUGAAGAGCUCCUGAAGAAGAAGAGGGAGGCCGAUGCUGCGGCGAGUAAGCCCAAAUUUCUAUCCAAAGCCGAGCGUGAGAGACUGGCGCUUGAGAAACGCCAGAAAGAAGUCGAGGCGGCCGCGGCCAACAAGUCUCAGAGUGGCGCGGCUGCCACACACUUUGGUGCCCCUACGCAGCCUGGUCGCAACGCCAAGUCCAGUUCCACAGCCCCUACUGGUCCAAGAGCUAUGCGAAAUGGAGAUGUCCCAACCAGUCCAGCUGCGAUGAGGUCGCGAGAGCCCAACAAGAACCACGAUUUCGCACCGCCACCGGCGCCCAAAGCGAUAGCGUUUGGCGAUUCGAAGAAGCGGCCGCAAGAGGACGACCGGACGGAGAAGGCAGAAACGGAGCUGAUUCGGCAGCGAUACAUGGGCGCGGAUCUGAACGUCUCGACCUUCUCAGCGGUCAAGAAGCGGAAGCGCACAACAGAAAAGAAGUUCAACUUCGAAUGGAACGCCGAGGAGGACACGACGCCCGACUACAAUCCUAUCUACAACAACCGCGCCGCACCAAGUUUCUUCGGGCGAGGGAGACUUGGUGGAUUCGACGACCAAGCCGCGGAUGAAGCUGCACAAAAAUACGCGGAGGCCCUGGCGUCUAGAGACACCGUGGCCGGGGCAGAGCGAGCGCAAGCUCUCUUAGAAAUGGAGCGCAAGAGGAAAGAAGCCAGCGACCGCAUGGCCAUCGACAAACACUGGAGCGAGAAGCGACUGGACCAGAUGCGUGAACGAGACUGGCGUAUCUUCAAGGAAGAUUUCAACAUCGCCACCAAAGGCGGCGGGAUCCCAAAUCCUAUGCGCAACUGGAAAGAAUCAAAUCUUCCUCGCCGCCUGCUCGACAUUAUCGAACAGGUCGGGUACGUGGAACCCUCACCCAUCCAACGUGCUGCUAUACCUAUCGCCCUCCAGAACCGCGAUCUUAUCGGUGUAGCCGUCACAGGUUCGGGCAAAACAGCAGCCUUCCUCCUACCCCUUCUCGUGUAUAUUGCCGAACUUCCGCGCCUGGAUGAAGACGACAUGCGAAGAAACAACGGUCCCUACGCCAUCAUCCUGGCCCCAACCCGCGAGUUGGCGCAACAGAUCGAGAUCGAAGCCAAAAAGUUCGCGACUCCACUCGGCUUCACCGUCGUCUCCAUUGUCGGCGGCCACAGCAUCGAAGAGCAAGCGUACAACCUGCGCAACGGCGCCGAGAUAAUCAUCGCCACGCCAGGCAGACUGGUCGACUGUAUCGAGCGGCGUAUCAUCGUCCUCGAACAAUGCUGCUACGUCAUCAUGGACGAAGCGGACCGUAUGAUCGACCUGGGCUUCGAAGAGCCGGUCAACAAGAUCCUCUCGGCCCUGCCGGUCACGAAUGAGAAGCCCGACACCGAAGACGCCGAGGACAUGCGCGCCAUGUCGCGCCACAUCGGCGGCAAGGACCGCUACAGACAGACAAUGAUGUACACGGCCACCAUGCCCGCGGCGGUCGAACGCAUCGCGCGCAAGUACCUGCGCCGCCCAGCGAUCGUCACGAUCGGCAACGUCGGCGAGGCAGUCGACACGGUGGAACAGCGCGUCGAGUUCGUCGCGGGCGAAGACAAGCGCAAGAAGCGCCUCGCCGAGAUCCUCCACUCGGGCCAGUUCCGCCCGCCGAUCAUAGUCUUCGUCAACAUCAAGCGCAACUGCGACGCCGUCGCCCGCGACAUCAAGUCCAUGGGUUUUAGUUCGGUGACCCUGCACGGCAGCAAGACGCAGGACCAGCGCGAGGCGGCCCUCCAGUCCGUGCGCGACGGCAAGACCGACGUUCUCGUCGCGACCGACCUCGCUGGCCGCGGUAUCGACGUCCCGGACGUAUCUCUCGUCGUGAACUUCAACAUGGCGACAAACAUUGAGAGCUACACGCACAGAAUCGGCCGGACGGGUCGUGCGGGCAAGUCCGGCGUGGCCAUCACGUUCCUGGGGAAUGAGGACAACGACGUCCUGUACGAUCUGAAGCAGAUGCUCAUGAAGAGCUCGAUAUCACGGGUGCCGGAGGAAUUGCGCAAGCAUGAGGCUGCGCAGCAGAAGAGGGGUAGCCAGUUCGCUGGCGGUGGUGACAAGGGUGGGCCCCGAGGAAAGACGGCGAGUGAUGAGUCUGGUGGGUUUAGCGGCAAGGCCGGUGGCUGGUAG